AUUGGCUGAAGUGGCCCAGUUGCCUUGGCGACGGUAGGGGGGGUACGGAAGCGUUGCCGUGCGGCGUGAUCUCCGCGCUGCGUGGAUGGAGGAAGCAGCUGCUGAUCUUUUGACACAGCGCGAGCGAAAGGCUACUGCAUGAACGCACGGGAGCUUUUGUCGUCGGACUGGACAGUAGAAUGCACGAAUACCCUCCUGGUUUGAUGGGUCCGAUAAUUGGGAUGUCUCCAGAUAAGAAAGCUGAAUCCCCAGGAGCGCAGGCCGUGUGCGGAGCAGGGACUCUCCCAGAGGCAGAAAGCGCUUCUAGUCCAAUGGCCACCAGUCUGGACCAGAUCAGUCGAGCUGGGGGACUGAGCGUCGUUGGAGGUGAAUCAGAAGACGAUGAGCUAACCAACCUAAACUGGCUUCACGAGAACCUGCUGCAGAACUUUACUCUCGGAGGACCCGAGGCACAACCCAACAACAGCCCGCUGUUUGACAUCGAGGGAGGCGGCGGAUCACCAAACGGCAACACAACUUCGUCCGCCUCUUCCGUUUCAACGGGGGGCGUGGGAGAUCCUUACAAGUCAAAGCCUCCCUUCUCUUUCUCCUUACUGAUAUACAUGGCAAUCGAGCAGUCGCCCAGCAAAUCUCUCCCCGUGAAGGACAUCUACGGCUGGAUCCUCAAGCAUUUUCCGUAUUUCUCUAGCGCCCCUACUGGCUGGAAAAACUCCGUGCGCCACAACCUGUCCCUCAACAAGUGCUUCUGCAAAGUAGAGCGAAGCAUAGGAAAGACCAAUGGGAAAGGCUCUCUAUGGUGCGUUCACCCCGAGUUCCGGCCCAUGCUGAUGCAAGCUCUGAGGAAGCAGCACUUCCCGAAUGCACAUGCCUUCUGCACCCCUCCUGCCUCCCCUCCGAGUGCCUCUUCUCCUCCUCAUCACCUUUUCUUGUCCGAGCAGGGCUGUGCCCUUAAAGAAUGUGAUUUUGAUGCUGCCUCCGCCAUGAUGCUGUUAAAGUCUGCCUCCGAGCAGAACAUUGACUCAUAUGAUCAAGACGGACCCAUAGAUCUCUCGCGAAGGGAUGUAGUGGUUGUGAUUCGCGAUCCAAAGCAGGAUCACAAUUACAGCAGCACCCCCGCCACUCCCUGCCAGAAGCCUUCACAACCACUCGACUUUAGUCUGGGUUUGCACCACGAGCGGGAAAAAGAAGAUCGGGGCAGAUGGGUUCAGGGCCCGUUAUCAGGAAAGAGGAGCAGGAGAGAUUCUCGGCCUGAGGUGGACGAGGAGCUUAAGGAGGCAGCCGGUUCGCUCCUGCACCUGGCCGGCAUUCGCACGAGUUUAGUCGCCUCAAGACGCAAGAGCAGGAAGCUCAGUAGGAAUUGAGCCCCUACCCUGCAAACUUUCUAACCCCACCCCUAUCCUGUGACCUGCCCGACCUCUUUAUUCUGGUUUGGUGUAUCUUCCUCCUUGUCUUGGUUUUUCUUUGGUUGUUUUAACCGGGAUAACAUCCUGGUCUAUUCAUCAAACAUGGCAAUACGAACACAGGAGAGAAAAGCCAUACGGACAUCCCACAUCAUUUAAGUUUGUCAAUGACAUUGUUUGAAGAUGUUAAUUGUCAAAAAAGCUUCAGACUUUUACAGAAGAUUUGCAUGCUUCCACCUCUAAAUCAACAAAAAACAUAUUUAUACAGAAAGUGAAUGCAUGGAUUUAAAGAGCUCCUUCAUCCUCUCCUGUUUCUGCAUAAUAGAGGGGACAUUUUUGUAAGUGCCAUUGAUUUAGGAUCAUAAGACAUUGGUUCAUAAACAUGAGACAAAGAGAAAUGCAAUAAUUAGUUGACCUAAAUACCUGUAGUUAUUUUAUUUUUGUACUGCUGGUUUAUAUCCUGUGUGGUGGUGAUGGCAUGCCAAUGGGAGCCUUUUGCUGACGCACUUAUGAUGUCAAAACCGUGUGACUUCGCUCUAGCGUCCUCAUUGGAUCAGUUUGCAUCCCCAACCUGACCACUAUGACUUUGAGAACCUGGGGGACAGAUCGAAAGCUUUUCGUUGCAUGCACAUAAGUGUUUCUCCACUGAUCUGCAUCACCAGGUGUUUUAUCAUCCCACCCUGCACUGACAUGAAUAAAUGCUUUUCAUUAAAGGCCAAUCACAACAAGAACUUCUUUACAUCUACUGCAAGAUAUGUAAACCACUUAUCCCUCACUGCUCCUUGGUGCAAAGUGUCACCGAAUCAGGCUGUUGUCAUGUUUUUAUUGCUUCGACCUGUGGGACAGUACCUCCAGUAAUGGGUUUUUCACGCUUCUUCAAACUUCCAGAGUUCCCAAAGCUGAGAGGGAACUAGAGACAAUGUGAACUGCACAAUAAGCUGGCCUGCAAAGAAGCAAAAACAUUUUGCGUAGCUCACUCGAGGAGCUGACCGAGAAAAGUCAUAGGAACAGAACCGCAGGAAGUUAAAUUAUAUUUGUGUAGCAAGGAGCCGAAAGGCGAUCGGAGAGCCAGAAACACUCUACAGGAAUAUGACUGAAGCAUCACUGGGUGAGGAGUAAAAACUUUCUGGACUACAGUUACAGAUCGCCAAAGUUGAUGCUCACAAAAUUCGCUUGGCUGUGUGUACGCUGUGACCCUGAACCAUUGUUUGUUUGAUUUGAUUGAGGUUUUAAUUGUUUGUUUGAGGCUACGUGAUAAUUUUAUAUACCCGAGCAUGUGAAAUUGUGAAAUGUAACUGCCAUCUGCCCCCUCACGCUGGCAUAGCAGAACCUAGAACUUAUUAUUUGAGUUCAAUAAUAUUAUGUCAAAACUGCCUAUCCUUGUAAAGUUAUUUUCCUGUCACUUUAACCAUGGCUGCCAAUUUCUAGACACCCCCCUGCCUCUUCGGCUGUGCAUUGUGCUGAUACUGAAUGCAAGUAUUAAUGGAAGGGGGUAAGAAGUAGUUUUAGAACCUGAUGCCAAUUUUGAAAGAAGCUGCCUAUUAAUUAUUAUUAUGUUAUUAUUAUUAAUUAUUAAAAUAUGAGCCACUUAUAGUUGCCACUUCCCCAUCAAUUUUGUCGUGUUCAUUUGCCAUGUGUUUGUGGCAGACUGAACCUGAUUUUUUAUUUUGUAAGCUAACCUCUGUUAAUAAAAGGUUUAUAAAGUUUAUUUUUGCCAAAGAUAUGCAAUUGUUGCAUUAUAUAUGGUAUUAAAGAAUAAAGAGUUCUUUCUUUUACCUA